AUGCCGACCGAGGCUCCGAGCAAGAGCGACGCUCCAUAUGCCGAUAUUGAUCCUGACAUCAUUAUCCAAGGGUUGUUGCGAGAAUCGCAGACGGUGAGGCGAAUUGAUGUAGACCUCCCUGAUAAGGUGCGUGUGACAGAUCAUCGGGUGAGUAUGUCGUUUCCCGAUGAGAUGUAUCUGAGGUUCCCCGAUGCCGUCCUGGAGUAUCUCAAUCAGCGGGUCGAGGAGGAGGCUGGGACCGAAGGGCAUGAAGUUCCCGUUGCUCGGGAGCCGGCUCGGGGUGGUCAGGAUCAGCCCAUGCAGGUAGGCGAGGAGGGUGAGCUUCCCCAAGUGUGCGCCGGCGAGCGUCAGUCCCCCGAGACUUGGGAAGCAGAGAGGCAGUCCCCCCAGGUUUCGGCGGGAGGGGAGGGUCUUGGUGAUGGGGUUCGGGCCUCGGAGCCCACGGUGGAGGUAGAGAUCUCCGUGGAGGAGCUGCUGGAAGAGGUGGAGCGGCGUCAGAGCGAUACUAGUGCUCGUGCUCGCCUGGUGCAGGAUGCGGUUCUAGAACAGCUGGAGACCGUUUUUGGUGAGGAGGUGGGUGACCCUGUCUCGCGGGAAGUCAUCACUGUGGAUAGUGGGGAGGCGGAGGUGACCAGCCAAGCCGUUGGCGAGACAGGGCUGACAAUCGAGGUGCCCGAAGUACAGCCCGAGUCUGGAGAAGAUGUUGACAAUGGUAUAAUGCAGGCUGUGAACUUAAAUUACCACGCCUCGGGCGAGUUGGUGGCUCAUUUUGAUCGAGAGAUAGAGCGGCUACAAGGGGAGCUGGAGGCCGAGAGAAAUCGGGCGCGCGAGCUUCAGAAUGCGGUGGACCAUGGCCGGGUGGAGCAUGAGGAUAUUAGGCGAGUCAUUGAUGAAGGGAUCGCGAGGAGGAUGGAGCUGGAGCAAGCGCUAGCCAUAGAGGAGGCCCGUCGUCAAGAGGCUGAGGGUACUGUCGCUCCGCUGAGGGAGGCGAACCUGGAUUUAACUGGGAAGCUGCAGCGGGCGGAGGAUGGCCUGAGGUUGGUAGAGCAAGUUAGGGCCCGGGUGGCCGAGGCCGAGGAGCGUCUGCAAGAUUUGGAAAGGCAGGUCCGAGAACGCGAUGUCGAGUUGGAGCUUCGUGCUGCUGCCUUGGAGAGUUUGGCUCCCUAUCCGGACCGCGUGGUGGAUCUGGAGGGGCAAGUUGGGAAUCUGCAGAGGGAGGUGGACCAAUUACGGGAUGUGGAGCUGGAGGCAGGAGAGAGGGAGGCAGAGAUGGAGCGGCUGAGGAAGGAGCUAGCCGAGGAGCGGGCACGAUCAAGUGACUUCGCCGAAGAGUACCUCUGCUUGCGCGCUGCUGCCGAGACGCACAAGAAUAAGCUCGCCAAGGCUAGACUGGAUGGUGCGGAAAAGGCGGUGGAUCUCUAUAUCCGGAAAAAUCAUUUUCGAGAGAAGAUGAACAAAGCCUUCUCGGAUGGGGCCUUGCACUAG